CCUGCCGGUCUGUUUGCCCUCCAGCCAAAGCGCCGGCCACGAUUUGUCACUUUCUCCAUUUUUGUUUCCUCUAUUCUCGCCGGAGAAAAGCUGCUGAAUGGACCGACGGCGUUCUGCCCGACCGCCGCGUCCGACCGCCGUUCAGGGUGGACCCAGCUGUACCUUCAAUCGGAACGAAGAAAACGCAUCGGCGGCCGACCAUCAACACUCGAAAGCCCCGUCGCCAAAAGCAUCUGAUGCGCUUCCCCUUCCUCUGUACCUGACCAACACAAUCUUCUUCACUCUUUUCUUCUCGGUCGCUUAUUAUCUUCUUCACCGAUGGCGCGAUAAGAUCCGAAACUCUACGCCUCUUCAUGUCGUUACGCUUUCCGAAAUCGCUGCCAUUGUAUCUCUUAUGGCUUCCUUUAUCUAUCUUCUUGGAUUUUUCGGUAUCGACUUCGUUCAAUCUUUCAUAGCGCGUUCUUCUCCCGAUGCGUGGGAUCUUGACGAUGAAAUUGAUCAAACCCUUCUCAUCGACAAUAAUCGCUAUGCUGCACCUCCUUGUGCUUCUGCUGUCGCUUUGACGUCCAAGGUUGCCGCCGCCGCCGCUGCCGCUGCCGCUGCCGAGCCGUUGAAUACAACUCCAUUGCCGGAGGAGGACGAAGAGGUUGUGAAAAUGGUUGUGAAUGGUUCUGUUCCGUCGUACUCUUUGGAAUCGAAACUUGGGGAUCCGAAAAGAGCCGCUUCCAUUCGCCGUGAAGCACUGCAGAGGGUGACUGGAAGGUCGAUCCAAGGGCUUCCGUUUGAAGGAUUUGAUUAUGAGUCUAUUUUAGGGCAGUGCUGUGAAAUGCCGGUUGGGUAUGUUCAGAUUCCGGUGGGUAUAGCGGGGCCUUUAUUGCUGGAUGGGUUCGAGUACACCAUACCGAUGGCUACGACCGAGGGUUGCUUGGUAGCCAGUACCAAUAGAGGUUGCAAAGCGAUCUAUGCAUCUGGUGGAGCAACGAGCAUGUUGUUGAAAGAUGGAAUGACCAGAGCGCCUGUUGUAAGGUUUGGGAGCGCCAAAAGGGCAUCUGAAUUGAAGUUUUUCUUGGAGGAUCCCGAUAAUUUCGAUACCUUGGCCGUCAUUUUCAACAGGUCUAGUAGAUUUGCCAGGCUUCAAAGUAUCCGGUGCUCUAUUGCUGGGAAGAAUCUUUACGUAAGAUUUUGUUGCAGCACAGGCGACGCCAUGGGAAUGAAUAUGGUAUCUAAAGGGGUGCAGAAUGUUCUUGAUUUUCUUCAACAUGAUUUCUCAGAUAUGGAAAUCAUUGGUAUCUCUGGAAACUUUUGUGCUGACAAGAAACCAGCUGCUGUAAAUUGGAUUGAAGGACGAGGAAAGUCUGUGGUUUGUGAGGCAAUAAUAAAGGAGGAGGUGGUGAGGAAGGUGUUGAAAACCAGUGUUGCGAGUCUAGUAGAGCUCAACAUGCUUAAGAAUCUAACUGGAUCAGCAAUGGCUGGCGCCCUUGGUGGUUUCAAUGCUCAUUCCAGUAAUAUUGUAUCUGCAGUUUUCUUAGCAACUGGCCAAGAUCCAGCACAAAAUGUAGAGAGUUCUCACUGCAUCACUAUGAUGGAAGCUGUAAACAACGGAAGAGAUUUGCACGUCUCGGUCACGAUGCCUUCCAUUGAGGUUGGUACUGUUGGAGGUGGAACUCAACUCGCGUCUCAGUCCGCGUGUUUGAAUCUUCUCGGUGUGAAGGGUGCUAACAAAGAAUCUCCGGGAGCAAACUCGAGGCUUUUAGCCACCGUAGUGGCUGGUUCUGUUCUUGCAGGCGAGCUAUCCCUCAUGUCUGCCAUAGCAGCUGGACAACUGGUAAGGAGUCAUAUGAAAUACAAUAGAUCUAGCAGAGACGUAUCGAAACUCGAAUCUUAAAACGGGGUGGUAGUAGAUCAAGAAAGGGUGGGAUCUAGUAGAGAUAGAAAUAAAAGGGAAAAAGAUUUGGAUCUUUCUGAUGGAAGUAGCAAAAGCAAAACACAAGGCUUCUGGUUGGUUUGCAUGUGAUAACCAGAGGUCGGCCUAGCUGGGGAGGUCCCCAUUGAGGAAGACAUGUAACAUGGUUGGAUAAAAACUCAAUUCUGUGGUUGUUCUUGAGAUAUGGUGUGUGCCCGUGCCCCCACCCCCCACGAAGAUAUUCGGUGUGUUGUCUGUCGUGUUUAUUUAGCUUCCCGAUGAUUCGAUUCAUUCCGAUGCAUUUCUGUUGGUCGAGUUGUAGUAGCCGAGGGGGGUCGGGGUAAUUAUGUUUGUUUUUACUUAUUUAUUAUGUAUGGUGGUGCUUAUAUAACUUACUUGGUUGUUAUUGUGUAAAAACUGGAGAAUUUGAUUGUGGUUCUAAAUCUCAGUGUAUUUCAAUGCUGUAUGUCUUUGUCUAUAUCGAUGGUGUGUUAGGAC